GAUGAUCUCUGGGCAUCCGGAAGUUGCCGCACGUCCCGGUAACCGAGAAUCACCCAUUAUAAUUAUCGUCUUCACAAGCAAACAUCCCACCUCAGCCAUCUCAUCCUCCUCCGUCACUCGAACAUUACCAAGCCCAUACAAUGUUCUCACUCAGAACUCCCCUACGACGCACAAUCCUGAACUCGGCAGGCGCAAUUCCAAAACGCCAUAUCACCGUCUUCGGUUACACUCAAGCCAAAGCCCUAAUAUUCUCAGAGUAUGGACAGCCAAAGGAUAGUAGACUCCACUCGCACUCCAUCUCCCCAGCCCACGGCGACGAAAUCACCGUCCGCUUUCUCGCCGCACCAAUCAAUCCCGCAGAUAUAAACCAAAUCGAAGGCCUCUACCCCUCAAAACCCAUCUUCACCACAGCCCUCGGUACACCCGCACCCCAUGCAGUUCCGGGCAACGAAGGCGCCGUACAAGUCCUCUCCGUUGGCUCCUCAGUGACUGACUUCACGCCGGGCGACAUGGCAAUAAUGCGACACACGGCAUUCGGCACAUGGCGCACCCACGCUACCGCACGCUCCUCGAACCUCCUAAAAAUUCCGAAAUCCCCAUCAGUUAUCACACCGUUGCAGGCGGCCACCUUGUCCGUGAAUCCCUGCACGGCGUAUCGUAUGCUGAAAGACUUUACCCCACUGCAGCCGGGUGGGUGGUUCGUUCAGAACGCGGCGAAUUCGGGAGUGGGUAGGGCUGCAUUGCAGUUUGGGAGGAUUUGGGGGUUGAAGAGCGUUAACGUGGUUAGGCAUAGGGAGGGGAUUGAGGAGUUGAAAAGGGAGUUGAUAGAGCUGGGUGGUGGGGGGGAGGGCGGGGCUGUGGUGCUCACGGAUCAGGAGCUGGCGGAUCCGGAGGUGCAGAAGGGGGUUGUUGAUAGGAUGGGCGGGAAGGGGGCGAUGUUGGGGCUGAAUUCUGUGGGUGGGAAAGCGUGCAUCGAUCUCUGCAAGUUGCUCGACACCGGCGGGCACCUAGUAACCUAUGGUGCUAUGUCUAAGAAGCCCCUCACCCUAGGUGCGAGCCUCCUAAUCUUCAAGGACCUACACUUCCACGGGUUCUGGGUCUCGCGGUGGUCGGACCAACACCCCGCUGAGAAGGAAGCCAUGCUCGAAGAGAUAUCCCGCUACAUUUCAUCCGGAGAACUCAAGGAUGUACCGAUGGAAACCACAGUUUGGAAGCGGGAUACCAAAGAGGAGGAACUUAAGGCUGCGAUAGAACGCAGCACACAGGGCUUUGGCGGGAAGAAGCAGAUCUUUGUGUUUGAAGAUGAGUAGUAGUAGGACUUGUGUAUGGUAGGCCGGUCUUGGACAUUCCGGAUCCGUAAGAACUGCUCAGUAACUGGUAUAUUAUAUCAUCACAUUGCCGAACACUGGAAAAAAA